AAGAUUUCCAUCACUGAGUUGCAACAGAGCUGUGAAUUCUUGGUCUGACGAGUACCGUUGUUUUUCUUCAGUUAGAUAAACAUCGCGGGAGGUUUCAACCAAUCAGAUCACUCAAAAAAAAAUCUUAUUUACUUCAGAAAUGACAGUAACCUCUUGUGCAAAAAGGCAGUCGUGAACGGGCUUUUCACAGUUAUUCUUCGCUUUCAAAUUCAGUCAUGCUAAUGUGCAAUAAAUUAAACGAGCCUUUUUCCACAGAAGACGUUUUGAUAUGUAACAGGAUUCGGUGGUGCUCUGCGAUGGCUGCUGUUUCCCACGAUGUCAGUAACAUUAUGAAUCAUUAAUUCAAUUUGGAGGAAAACCCACCUGACACCAGAGACCAGCCAGUGCUAAUAAAGCUUUAUAGGGAGAAAAAUAAACCAGUAUCAUCAACAUAUUCCUCAGAGCUCAGCUGGUAAUCAGCUGGUCUGUUAUCACAGCACAUGUUAGCUGAGUCCUGUGUUACGCAUUAAACACAAUAAAGAAGGUUAGCAUAUGUGUGAGUGCAUUUAACUCACACUAGUUUCUGUCAUCCUCUCUGUCACGAGACAUCAUUGUGUGUGUGUGUGUGUGUGUGUGUGUGUGUGUGUGUGUGUGUGUGUGUGUGUGUUAAUAUACACCAAAACUUUCCCCAUGAGUAGUAAGUUAUCUGAAACCACAGUUGGACAGAUACCAAGUGACCCCGAACAUCUGUAAUCCUGCUGAGUUACAGCUGACUAACACGGACCUUAAAGACAUUUCAGACAAAGGAACAAUUCUUUGUUUCAAAAUAAGACAUAGAAAGAUCAGAACAGGCCAAGAGUGACCGAAGGUGUCAGUCUCACACCUACAGAUACUGUAAAUAUGUGUCUGUAGUUGUUUUUAGUUGGUUCGAAAUUAGUCUGGGGUGCUUUUUAUUCUAUCGAUUGACAGUAACAUUACGUCUGCAACACUAAAGUGAGGAAACCUGAAGUUGUUGUGGACUUUUAAAAAGCUGCAACACCACAAGCGUCCCUGCUAACUCACUUCUGGAAGCUGUAUGUUUGUUAGUGCUUGUAAGGUUAGACAGAUGAAGUGCUCUUGAAUUUAUUUUAUGGUAAUUUACGAUGGCAUUGGUUCAUAGUCAGUCAGAAACAGUUUCAUAGAGAUCAAAAUUAAUGUAAUAUGAUGGCUUUAUAAUAGGGCGGGGCCGAUGAGGUGUGGUCAUUUUCGCCUGUUGGUAGGUGGGCCAACAGGGCCUAAGCUUUACCUGUGUGCCCAGUUUGGCUGCUCCUGAUCGUGCAGGAGGAGUUUGUGGGCCGAUAUGAUAGUAAGAUAUUUACAGCGUGGUGCAAAAACACUCUGGUUUGGUCUUUAUGGGCAGCUUAGAUUUUAAUGAAGCCUAACGUUGGCUUUAAAAGCACGGCUGCUUUGAUUGGCCAGUCCCAAUGACCUCCAACGUCAUACUGAGAAACUCCAACCAACUAACCAUCAUUUGAGCUCUUCACGUGUUCUUGAGUGGACCGGCCAAACUCUGUAUGCAUUCAGACGUUCUUUAGUCACUUGUCCCAAGUCUCUUCCAGGGUCCAUUGUGUUGUUCUGCAGGGGAGAUGUGGAUGUGACAGGCCGGGGGAAAAUUUAUUCAAGUCGUAACAAAAACACACACACACACGGCUAAGAGAAGAUAACAAGUAAAUCGCCAUAAUUUUAUUAUUUAUUUCCUCUCUUAUCGAGGUUUGUUUGGUUAUUUAUUUCUCUCUGUCUGUUGUCUUCAAUGAGUUAAACAAUGCAAGAAGAUUACCACACUAUCUCGCAUUAUUUCCUUUUCAAGCUGCACACGUUUUAUGUACGGUUGUGCAUGUAGUGCCGAGUGUGUGUUUACGGGUGUGUUUGUGUGUGCGUUUUAAUUCCUCUGCUGGGGAAGAGAGGAUGUGUUCAUUAUCGUCCUGUCCCAGCCUUGUCCCUUUAACAGUAAUUGGAGCGAUAUUAAUUGCAGCGUGGUGGCUGGUUGAUGGUAGCACCAUGAUGCUGCACUGAUACGGCCCUUCUUUCUUUCUUUCUUCUUUUUUUUUCCCUCUUCCUCUCCUCCUCACAAACUAACUGCCGGGUGAGUAAGACGGGGGAGGGAGGGGGUGAGGAGGAGGGGUUGGGUGAGAGAGUAAGGGAGAGAGAUAGCCCCUCUAUCAGCUCCGGAGCAGGCGCUGUCUUUAUCAGGAGCACGAUUGGCAAAAAGGAAACUUUGACCGGUCUGAAUUUUUCUCUUAUCGUCAAGCCCCCCCUCCCCUCCCCUCCCCCUUCCUCCUCCUCCUCCUCUCCACCUCCCCUUCCUCCCUCCCUCUUUCCCUCCCUCCAUCCAUCCACCUUCCCUUCCUAUGGUCUCUCCAUCACCACUAACAAUCCCGCUAGUCCCUCUCUCCUCUCCAUUCUCCACCUCCUGGAGAGCGUGCAUCUCCCACUCUUUUCCCUCCAUCUUUUCAUUGUUUCUUCUUCUUCUUUGUCUUGCAUGUCACGGCCGGACUGGAGUUGCUGUCAAGCGCUGCUCCUGUUCGUAUGAAACAUUUGCCAUGUAUGUGACGCGGGAUGCUGAGAAGAGAUGACCUAGAGCUAAGUGAUGAAGGUGGCGACAGCAGUGUGGUGACAGUAAGAGACCUCUCUCCAGACACAGUAUGGGGCCCCUACCCAGGAAUUGUCCAAUCACAGAGCAGCACAGAUGAGCCGGAGACCGAGAACACUCGGAUGACUGUCGUGUGUGAAGAUCCAGAUUGUUGGAUUAGUCGCCUCCCUCUGACCUCCGACGCCUCUGCAGCAAACUGCUCGAUCUACAGCCAAGGCGAGGAGUUGUUCUGUAAGGUGAUGAAAGAGCUUACGGUCGGCGAAAGGCUUUUGGCGGUCGUGUCUCCCAUUCCUCUGGGCUCCUCCUCUCCGGUGGCCCAAGGCUCUCCUCCACUGAGCCUCGUCACCCACAAACAACCUGUGGUGAAGGAGGAGCCGUCGUACCCGGCGGCGCUGCGCUCAGAGAUCCAGCUCCUCCCGCAGCAAGCUGGCAUGGCAGCAAUCUUGGCUACUGCUGUUGUCAAUAAGGACAUUUUCCCCUGUAAGGACUGUGGGAUCUGGUACCGUAGUGAGAGGAACCUGCAGGCCCAUCUUAUGUACUAUUGUGCCAGCCGUCAGAAGCAGCCAGCUGCAGCUUCCUCCCCUCCACAAGACAAACCCAAGGAGUCCUACCCCAAUGAACGCAUCUGCCCCUUUCCACAGUGCAACAAGAGCUGCCCCAGUGCCAGCUCACUCGAGAUUCACAUGCGCACACACAGUGGCGAGCGUCCAUUUGUCUGUCUCAUCUGUCUGUCAGCAUUCACCACUAAAGCAAACUGUGAGCGCCACCUUAAGGUCCAUACGGACACCCUGAACGGGGUGUGUCACGGCUGUGGGUUCGUCUCCACCACGAGGGACAUCCUCUACAGCCAUCUGGUCACCAGCCACAUGGUUUGCCAGCCUGGAUCUCGCAGUGAGGUGUACUCUCCGGGGCCAGGUCUACCUAAGUUACCCCUGUCCAUUGGUCUGAGUCCGGGAGACUCUGGUGUUGUGCUGAAGUGUCAAGUUUGUGGCCACAACGCUGACUCACCUGCUCAGCUCCAGCAACAUGUACGAACUCACCUGGAGGUCAGGGUCCCAGCUGAAAGGAGCCCUACUCCACGUCAAAGUACCCCAUUGUCGGUCGACCACCCCCAGCCGUCUCCCCAGGAGAAGGAGCCCCUGGCUUCAUCCAGUCCAGGCACAAACGGAGGCUCAGCCACUCCUCGAGACUGCAGUCCUGCUGAUGACCAGAUCAUGGAGUUAAAGAUCAAAGAGGAGCCUCAUUCAGAUUCAGACACAGAAGAGCAGAAAAUGGAAAUUAAGGAGGAUGGAGAGGAGGAGGAGGAGGAGGAGAUGGGUGGAGAGGAGGCAGAUCAAGAGGCAGGAGGGAACAUAAAAGAGGCGCAAACAACCUCCUCCAGCCACACAUCGAACUCGCCGAAGAGUCCAGCUACAACAACAGUGAAGGCAGAACCCACUAGUCCCACCCCUGGUUCUAGCCCCGCCCAUAUGGGAGGUGCAGGCUCAGUUGUUCCAGGAGGAGCGCUGUUCCUGCCUCAGUACAUGUUUAACCCCGAGGCAGCCAUCUUGCCUCAGGCCUCGGAGAUCCUGGCUAAAAUGUCAGAGAUGGUCCAUAGUCGCUUAAAGCAAGGCCAGACGGUCGCCCAGAACAACGCCGCAGCCUUCUUUCCUUCUGGACCGACUGCACCCACGGCAACAGCCACUCCACCUCACAAAGGAGCUACCUGCUUCGAGUGCGAUAUCACCUUCAAUAACAUCAACAAUUUCUAUGCACACAAGAGGCUUUAUUGCUCAAGCAGGCAUCAAGGCGAAGGUGCAUCCUCAGCCUCGGGCCCCGCAUUGACUAGAGACGCAGCCUCGACCGCCGCGCCUUCUGCUGGGACACGCGGCUCAUCUGCAUCUCCUCAGGGCGGAGCAUCAAGUAGGGCCGCCUCUGCUUCGCCGUCUGACUCCGAGCCUCCUGCAGGAAGUGGAGCAGCAGAAUCCAGGAGGGUGCUGGAGGUGAAGACUGAACCUCCAGCGGGGAGAGAGGGAAUCUCGUCCUCUUCUGAAGGGGAAGGCGCUGGUACGAGUGUGGGAGGAGGAGGAGGCGGAGGAGGACGAGCAAGUGAAGGCAGCCAGAGUCCUGCUAGCGGUUCUGCAGAGGACCUUGACGACGAUCCCAACAGAACCUUCUGCGAAGCCUGCAACAUCCGUUUCAGCCGUCACGACAACUACACUGUCCACAAACGAUUCUACUGUGCGUCGCGCCACGACCCGUCCAACCAGAGAGCCGUACACAUGGCCAAGACCACCAACACAGCUGCCUUCAUUCCACAGCCCAUCCGAACACGCAAAAGAAAGAAGAUGUAUGAGAUUCACAUGGCAAGGACCGAGGCGUUAGCUAACGCUGCCGCCGCUGCUGCAGCAGCAGCAGCCACUGCCGCCGCCUCUGCUCCAUCCCCCUCGGUUCUGGGCUUGGUAGUAAAGCAAGAAUCCUCUCCCAGUGGUGCAGGCGGCUCAAGCCCUGAAGGAGAUGGCCCAAUCGACCUGAGCAAGAGGCCCCGUCUCAGAGAGGCUCCACGGCACAGCGGCAGCGGCGGCGGCAGUAGCAGCAUUCUCCCAGCUCUCCCUCUCACCGACUACCACAAGUGCACAGCCUGCAGCAUCAGUUUCAACAGCAUUGAGAACUACCUGGCUCAUAAAACAUACUACUGCCCUGCCACCACCCUCCAACCCCACACUUUGGAGCAGCUUCACAGGCUCAAGAGAUCAGCCUCCACCUCUCCAAAAAGCAGGCCUCAGCAGGAUCGUCCGGAUCUCCUGCACCCUGUGGAGAAUAAAGCUCACCCAGCUGAGUGGGUGGCCCAGGCUCAGGGCACGUCAUCCAGUCCUCACACCUCUGCCUUACCCGCCUCUGACGCUGCAUCUCCUUCACAUACAAAUACGACACUUGCAGCCUCUCCAGGAGCUGGAGCCAAAAGCGUGGUCGCAGCUUCUGCUCAGAUGGUCUGCCCAUACUGUCCCAACAGGCCCAUUGCUGGUGACUUGAUGGAGCAUUUCAAGACUACCCACGGGCUGGUUGUAACCAUUCAGCCACCCCAGGAGACUCUGCCCCAUCCGGGCAGAACAGCAAGCCGCAGCCCGAGCCUGAGUCCCAGGGACGGAGCCGCUGCAGCGACUUCAGCCACUCCAACCAACCAGGCCAGACUUGUCUCCCGAGUUCACAGAGACAGCAUCAACGGGCAGGCUAGGAGUGGUACAGCUUCUCCUGUUUCACCCCUGGUGAACGGCAGCCCCUCCGCCGGGGGCGGAUCACCGUUAGCCAGUUCUCCUCUGCCUGUGUCUCCCCCAAGAGCUCCGUCUCUGACUUUGUCACCUGUGCCUGAGAUCCUGAGAGAGAAGCUGGGAUCGUCACAUGUUCCGGACAAGGCCGCCCAGACUGUGGCCUCCCACCCGAUCCCUGUACCUAGUGUCAGUCCUAAAACCACCCCGGUCAUCUCCCCUGUCCAGAACGGUAACUCGCGCUUCUGUCGGCUGUGCAACAUCAAGUUCAGCAGCCUCUCCACGUUCAUAGCUCACAAGAAAUACUACUGCUCUUCCCACAGUGCCGAACACGUUAAGUGAGCUAAGACACUUUUGAUCUUUCCCUUCCCUUUCAUCUUUCUGAGCAGAGGUUGUCCUUCACUAAGUUUUAAAUGGCUCAGAGGGUCCUCCUCCUCCCCCGCCAGCGUCCCACAUAGGUGCCAAAACGGUGCUCGGCUGGCAUCACCACGAAUGACAGUGAACGACUGUUACUCACCUGGCAGGGCCUGAUGCCUGGCUCCUCCAGAGCAGAAUUCCCAGGUGGUGUUACUCACAUACAGAAACUGAUAUUCCUCCCAUGGGUCAAAGUGUGUAGUACACUAAGAGCUGAGAAACAUGCUACCUGCACGCUGGUGUGCCCUCGUCCCGAAGAUCACUCUUUGUACACCAGUCGCUGAUUCAACACUUACCACGCCCUCGCCUCACAGUAGUGUUAUUAUGGGACGCUAAAUAGAUGUAUGUCAACAGCCCUUUUUUCUGUCUCUGAACUGAACUUUUCAUGGCAGUAAUUCCAUUCUGACUGAUGGUGAUGAUGAUGAUGAUGAUGAUGAUGAUGAUAGUGCAUUUCCAGUGUUUCCCCGCCCCCUGAGCUCUUUUACGUUCCCAGACCUAAACGGAGGAAUCAUUUCUCUUGUGUGGAAAAAAAAAGACUUGAUCAUUGUUGAUGUUUUUAUUAUCUGUGCAUAGUGUAUGAUGUCUGAAAAGAAAAGAAUUCUAUGCUUUUGGGUUCAACACUGGCUCUUUUCUGCUUACUAGAGAAGCUGAAGCAUUUUAGCUGACACACAGAUAUGUGCUAUCACGAUGUUACUAAUUACUGAAGGAUAAUAUUUCAAAAUGGGACUUUUUUUUUCCUUUCAUACACACAAAUUUUUAUUUUCUCUGUAAAAAAAAUGCAAGGAAGAAGAAAAAAGAUGUGAAAUAUUUAUCUUUUAGUCAUCACUGAUUUCAUGUCAACAGAAAACUACCUACUUAGUGUCUGAGAGUAUUUGUAUUUUUUAUUUGUAUAUUUUUCAUACUGUUGGAAAGAACUGUUUGGAUCUGGGUGUGUUGAAGUGAAUUUUCUAAGUGUAGAUAUGUAAUAUCUUUUCACAGUAAUCACUGGGAUCACACUGAACUUUAUCAUGUUAGUAUUUCUCGUUCUGUUAAUGUGGGCUGUAAUCGAUGCCGUCUGAAAACCAGCACAGCUUUUCUUUUUUUUGUCUUUCUGUUUUUUAACCCCACGAUUCGUACAGAACAGCCGUUUGUUUCCAGACCGUCACGUCCGAACAUUGAAGGGAGCUCGUUGGACACUGCUGCGUUCACACUUUGGUGAGAGUGACGAAGCUUUGCAGAUUUUUAGGUUACACGUAAAAAUCCACAUUUUCAGUAAGAAGUUUGUCUUCAGAUACACACACACACACACACACACACACACACACACACACACACACACACACACAGCUUUACAUUAUUUGUUGCAAACUUCACUCUCAUACUAAGGCAUAUUUAUUAUUAUGAUUGUACUUCUCUCCGGCAAUGAAGGCAUAACAGUGAACAGUCACAUGUUGGUGUAAGACCUCACAAAAGAAAAGCACAUAUAACCAUAUGUUGUGGCUGUGGUGUGUGUGUAUGUGCAUGUGUGUCUCUUAUUUGUGCACAGACACACCAGAUGUUCCCGUGCUGCUGUUGCAGUUGCAAUACAGUGUUACCUAGAACUGUGAAUACUUUUUAUUUUUCCAACUUUGAUGCAAACUAACCUGUAGCCGCCGAGGGGUAAAAAUCUGCAUCUAGAUCACAGCGGUUAUCCUGCCCCCCCCCCCAGCUUCUCUCAGGAUUUUAACUCUAUUCAUUGAGAGCCACUAAAACCAACUCAGACUUCCAAGCGACACUAAAAGUACAGUUUUAUAUAACAGACUGUUAGCAAACCCCACCGCUGGGUCUUCAACAAGAGACAUCUAAAUGUAAAGUAAUAGAACUAAAAUCAUUCCUGGUUUUCAAAGACUCCUUAAAUAUUCAGCCAAAUUUGACUUUUUUGACGGUGUGAGUCGUCCAUCUUUUUAUACAGUCUGUCUUGUGAUCCUGACUCGACUGGUUUGAGGUCUCGUCCACGCAUUAAGUAUUUUCUUACGAUGCAGCUUUUGGCCCCUCGCAGACGGUUCCAGAUGACUGAAAAUGGACCUCAUUGAGAAAUUCAGAAACCAUUUAAUGUCACGAUCCCCCGUGUUUACAUGUUUUUUUUCAUGACUUUAAGCUUGUGGUUAUUUUGCCAACUUGUUGGUUUGGCAUGCUCUUUACAGCACUUGGAUUUUGUUUUUGGAUUUAAUGCAGACACAAGCCCACGUAUGUGGGAACUAGAGCUGUAGUAGAAUUUGGACCUGGUCCGAUUGAUUGGUGUCCAGGAGCUGCAAAGAUAUUAAUGGAACAGGUGUAAUAUCACCAAGAAAGCAUUUUGUGCGUCCAUCCACACUGAAGGGGUUUUUCUGCAGGGAAGCAGUGGAUCACCUGGUUUUAAGCAUCUUCAGCUGUUUACACAUUCAGGGGGAAAACAUGCACCUAACCACAACCUGGGUGGCUAAAGAAGCAUCAUAUUGGGGGUCAGUGGUCACUGGAAGAUUCUCAUAAGCAACCUUUAAAGAUGUAAGAAACAUGGCAAAGCAGUUAUUUACAUCCUGCAGUCACAGCAAGAUUAGAAAACUAAAAGCAUAACCCUUUUUUAAUGCUGUGUUCUUCUUCAGAAUCUCCUCAGAAACUUUUUUUUCCCCCUCUAAAUAUCCACAUUUUUGUAGUUGGUCUCUGAGACACUGGACCAAACCAGUAACGUAACACAGUGUAGAACAAAAUGAUCGACCAGUGCAGUUUUAAAGGAUACGUAUACCGACUUGGUGGUUUCCAUACUUUGCCUUUAAAACGUAAGAUUAUAUUAGAUAAAUUCAUUUUUCAUAAUCCCAGUUCUUUUUAAAUGUAGAAGACAUUACCUACUCCUGUUUGGCUUAGAGCACCAGUGUACCAGACUCAUCGCACUGCUGUUUACAGCUGUGGUCUUAAAAGUAGAGAGAAGAACAGGCCGUGAGCCACUUUUUCACUGCAGGAACUUUACAGGAACCUUUGGAGGAGCUCAGGGUGUUUUCACUGUUGGGACUAGGGUCUAAAUGAAGUUCUAGGGUUUUUGUUUGUUUUUUUUAAACUCUGAAAGUCCCAGUUCAGGAGGUAGCCCCACCCCCAAAAUUCCUGAGCUUUUUUGGGGGUGGGUACUUGCUUUCUGAACUUUUCUGAUUGGUCAACUAUUCCUAACAUUUUAAGCUAGUCUAUGUCAGCAUCUGCAAAAGCUUUUAAAAUAAUUUUGCUUUAAUUUUGGUCGAGCAUUUCUCGACCUUGCCGCUACAGCUCAUCUCUUUUCCUGCGUUGCCUUCAGUGACUGUUUGCAAAGUUGUAAAUCACGAGCAAUAGCAGUAUAGUUGAAUCUCUUCAACGCUGACUGCUGUUAUGUAGUCCCCUGUCCCUCACAUUACAUGCCAUUGUCGUCUGCGUUGUUGUAUAGUCUGCAGUUUGGGGAAUGAUGUGUAAAUGCAAGUUUCCUCGCAUCCAUGCAGAGGCCUGACUUUCUUAAUCGUCACAGGUCCUCACACCGCGGUGGAAAUGCAGAAACCCAAUGAUCUAAUGAACCUUUUAGUUCCUUGAACAACGUUCCUGGCACUAAAGGUUUUUGGUAGUUUUGUGGAAAUCAUAGCUGCAGUCAUGUCACCUAGUUACAAAUGGAGGAACUGAGUGCUGAGAAACCACCCUUAGAUCUUGCCGCCUUUUUGUUGCACUGUUGUAUAAAAACGUGCUGAAUGUUUUAGUUUUAGCUGCUUUUUUUUUUUUUUUUGGUAACGUAUUUAUGUUUUACGGCACUUUUUCCCGUCCAGAAUGCAUCCUAGCUCUACCUUGAAGGACGUUUCUGAAAGAUUUUAAACCUUGAAUAAAACCUUUCUUUGUUUAAUUGUAAACCUUUUUUUAAUGAUUUCUUUCAUGUCUGUAACGGAGAAAAUCACAAUGAAUGUCAACACUUUUAUGUCCAUAUUUUUCAUUUCAGUUCCACUACACUCAUCCAAACUAUGCAUGGGAAAUAAAAAAAAGUUCUGAGAGACACUGAUGAGAA